AUGGGCCUCAUCACCGGUCUCGUCUCGACGGUGGUCCACGUUGCCGCCGGCCGGAACCCCUACGGCCACAACCAAAACCACGACCAGGCCGCGGCGUCAGCCCACCGCGAAGGCCAUGCCGGCUGCAGCGCCGUGCCCGGCGGCCAGCCGUGCGGCAUCUGCGCCGUCGCGCUGCCCUUUGGCAAGGGGCGGCAGGCAAAGUUCGAGAGGCGGGCGAUGAAGCACGAGCGCAAGGCCGUCAGGCACGCCACCAAGGCGCAGCGGCCUUACGGAGCCCAUGGCAGGAGUUUCGGGACUGUCGACCACGCGGCUGCCGGGCCGUACUACCAGCCGCAACAACAGCAGCAGUAUCAGCAGCAGUACCAGUACCAGCGGGGCAUGGCCUACAGCGGGAGACAGGAGGAGGGCGUCGAGGAAUGGCAUGAGCGCCGAAGGGCUUCCACGGGUGCGGAUGUGCCGCCGCCCGCGUACGAGGAAGGGGAGGGAUCCGCGGCUGGCGCGCGGCGGAGGAGUGUCGAGGUUGCGGGACAGAGUGAGAAGCUCUAG